GCCCCAGCUCCAGCCCCUCCCUCUGACUCAGCCCCAGCCCCUCCCUCUGGACCAGCCCCAGCUCCCACCUCUAGCUCAGCCCCAGACCCAGGCAUGCCUUCCACCCUCUGUCCCAGUUGGACUUCCUUCUCUGCCACCGGAUAUGGGGAGCUGCGAGGUGUCUUUCCCUGUAGCCCAGAAGACACCAUCUUACAUGUCAACUGUCGUUCAAAACCUGGAAUGUCACUUUCUGAAGAAGCAACUAGAAAGCGGUGAGGUACCCCCUGUGGUGAAAAGAUCUCAGGAAGUCUUUAGCCAAGGUCCUCCCGACCUUCCGCAGGGUGGCCAGGCCCCCGAGGGCCAUGGGUCAGGCUCUGUCCUUCCUGGGAACUUGAUCGACUCUGAACUCCGGGAGCAACUGGAGUGGCACCUUUGGAAGAGACUCGUGAAGCAAGAAAGACGCCCACCCUACAGGAUCCAGCUAUCCCUGAAGGUACAGCCUCACCAAAAGUUCCAGAAGGUGCCCCAGGCUCGCAGCUGGCACAGUCCGAUGUCCGAGUCUGAGUCUGUGGAUGGAAGCUGCACACGAAGGCCUGUGCCAGGAAAAAGCCGGGGCAAGGAUUCAAGGUCCAGUGCAGGGAGGACCCGGAAAGAUCUACACAGGGGCACAACAAGCUCUCCAGGGAAGGCUCCAGGAAGAAAUCGUGAGGAGUCAGACACAGACUUGAGGCCCUCCACAAGCAGUGCAGAUGAGAUGCAUCCAGAAAAGGACCUGAGAGCCCAUUUCAGGAAGUUAGGGAAGUCCAGAGAGGGUCAGGUCCCUUUGGAUGUUCAUCCUUCCAGGCUCACUGCCCACCACGCCUCGGACCUUCCUGGAAAGCCAAGCCCUCAUGGGAAACCUGGAAAGCCAGCACUUUCCAAGUGUUGGGAACCCUGCAUGACCACCUCCCACAAUUUUUCCAUCCUCAGUCCGUACACUCAGCGGAUGCUAGAAGCACAUAUCAUAAGGUUUAGGGUGAAGCACCAGUGGGGCCUCCCACUCAAGGUUCUCAAGCCUAUAAACCUCUUCAAGUUGAAGAAGGGCUUCCUCCUCUCUCGGUCCUCCUGUCCCCUCUCCGCCUCCUGCGUAUCCAAGGCCAGCUCGGGGACCAAGUUCGUGGGAAGUUCUCCUCAGCCCUAUCAAGGGGAGGUGAUGAAAGAGUCUUACCCCACCUGGGAGGGUCCCCUUGGUGCUCCCCGGCCUAUGUGUGAGGAAAUCCAGCAGGCUCUAGAAGGGACAUCACCUGGGGGUGGCCCUCCGGCUGGACAGGAGGCCAGGCCAGCUUCUCGGACCUUCACAUACAGCUUUGUGGGCAGAAUCUGGCACAGUGAGACUGCCUCAAGGACUCUUAUGAACAGCACCUUGGAGUCAAGUCCAAGUCCAGCAACAGCCACGAAAGAGCCAAGGAGGGCGAAUGGGGGUUGGGCCUCACGGGACAUGACCGUGCUAGAGCUCAACUUAGAGCCCCAGGAUUUGAGUGCCAAAGAGCCCAGGGAGGCGGAGGAGAUUGAGGAGGUCCCUGCCUGGGGAGUCUCCUUAGAACCCCGUGUGCUGGUCAACAACCAAGGCUCCUGUGGCAAGCUGAGAAGAUCAGGGUCUUCAGGGAAAAGCGAUAGCCCCCCACCACCUACAAAGUUGGUAGCCCAAGACCCCAAAGAGCUAUGCCUUAAGGCACAGCAUAGGGGAUCAGAGCCCCAGAAGUUGAUGGAGACAGAGAACUGGCCUCGGGAUGCCACCCCCACUGUGCUCCUUCAAGACUGUGAGACAGGGGUCCUCCUUCAAGACUGUGCCACUGAGCAUCUCCUUCAAGACAGUCAGUCCAAUGUGUUCCUCGCUGCUGAAGUCUUGGCUUCUCAGGGAUCUCUGUCUGGCUUCCAGAGCGGUUCCAGUGAAGACACAUCUACUUCCCCGGUGCCACGUGGCCAAAGAUCCCGUGGCCAGAGCCCCCACAGGCAGCCGGGACCCCUGGGCCUGCAGCAUCAGUGGAAGAGCCUGAGCAGGUUAUGUGUCCCCCCCGAGGGGGGAGAGAGCUCCAGGAGGUCCCCCUCAAGAGAGCCUGCCAGAGAGUCAUCGGAACUGAAGCUCCUCCAGAUCAGUGAGGUGAGACGACCCGUCCAGAGCCAGGAGUCAGCAGAAGCUUCGGGAAGCAAGGCCUGUGAGAUCUCGCUGAAGAAGGAGGCGGCGCCUCCGGAAAACUACUUCAGGAGAAGGAUGAAACACCUGCUCCAGUGGUUCCUUCCCAGUAAAGGCAAAGGACUGGAAGAUUCCCUUCAAAAGGGCAAGUCUUCGUCAUCCCAGGGCCGUGGACAAGUCACAGGCAGGUCGGCCAUGGACAGCACUUCUGCCAAGGCUCAGGUGGUCGUGACUGCUGUGGGGCAGAUCCUAGAGGAGAAAAUGGUGCCUCACCAGGGACACAGGGCCCCAGAGUUCAGCUGGUGCCAAAAGGAUCUCCAGGCUUCAGCACACCCCAGUGUCUGCUACCACAGGGUCCUCUCCUACCAAGAGCAGAGGAGGGUGAUGAGGGAGACAGCCAGCCCACAGGGCACCCCCAGGGGCCACAGCUAUGCCAACAAGACAGAGUGGAUGGCGUGGCCCUUCCCUGCCAGGGUGCCGGGGGGCCCAGGCAGACCCUGCCAGUGCGGGUCCCUGGUGCCGGGCCCUUCAGGCCGCACCCUGCAGCCCCACUGCCCCAGGCACUGCCUCCUUCAAAGAUACACCGCACCCGGCCAGCCACUGUGUGCUGCUCACGCCUUUCCAGGGAGGACAACUUUCCUCCAAGAAGAAACGCAAACGGUGCAGAGAAAAACUUUUUUUUCUCACAUUAGCACAUCCCCUAUGGGCUAAUGGCUUCUCCGUGCCACAAUUUCUUUGCUUCCCCAAAAUACAUGUUCUUU